AUGUCCACGCCGCCCCCUCGUCCGCUGCGCUCCGCCCACUCGUCCCCAUGCCGGCGCCCGGCGGUCAACCACGCCCCUGCCGCAUCCCCCCCGCCCCCCCGGCCAACGCUUGCUGGCCCCCUGGCGGCGCGCGGGGGCAUCCCCGCUCGCGCGCCGCACUUCCGCGUCCUCUCCACCGCGCCGCAGUGGCCGCCCCCCCCACGCGCGGUCGGCAGGCGCAAAUGCCAUGCCCCCGCCCAACCGCCGCCUCCCUGCCACACCGGCGGACAACCGGCCGCUUGGCCCACCCCGGCAACUCACGCACGCAGACCUCGCACGUGA